UUGGCUUCAACUUUGAAUUGAGCACGCUGAGGGAGGGUGAGAGAGAGUCUUCAGGCACGCAAUCUAAGAGCGGAAGGUUCGCCCAAAAUCUCGAAUGCUCUUACUUCCUGCGAGGAGAUAAUGUUGUCAAGAGCAGAUAGCAGAAAGAAGGCUGGUGGGGUUUCAGGAAAUGGGAAGUUUUUAAGCGACCUUGAAACCAUAAGUAAAGCCUUUUAUGUGGACAAUACAGUGGCUAGGCUUGCUAGUUCUACGGCUAGUAGUCGAUCAAAGUCUGUUGUAAAGUCCCAUUUGCCCGAGCCCAAGGUGAAGCCAAAGGAUCAGAAGAACAAUACUAAAGACUCAUUUGACAAAGAUAAGAAGUCAUCCAUUUGGAGCUGGAAGGGUCUGAAGUCCUUGACCCAUAUCCGAAACCGUAGAUUCAAUUGUUGCUUCUCACUCCUGGUGCAGUCUAUUGAGGGUUUACCAGCUUUCUUUGAUGAUGUUUGUCUUGUUGUGCACUGGAAAAGGCGGGAUGGUGAGCAGAUGACACGUCCAAUUAGGGUUUCUCAAGGAGUUGCUGAGUUUGAGGAACAGUUGACUCAUUCUUGUUCUGUAUAUGGUAGUAGGAGCGGUCCCCACCAUUCGGUGAAGUAUGAGGCCAAGCAUUUCUUGUUGUUUGUUUCUGUUUAUGAUGCCCCUGAGCUCGACUUGGGGAAGCAUCGGAUAGAUUUGACUAGAUUGCUUCCUCUGACAUUGGAGGAACUAGAGGAGCAGAAGAGCUCUGGUAAGUGGACGACUAGUUUCAAGUUGUCUGGCAAAGCAAGAGGUGCAACAAUGAAUGUCAGUUUUGGAUAUGAGGUUGUCACUGAGAAUAGUAGCACUGAGCUCUCUCGCAACAGAACUGUUCCUGAGAUCCUAAGCUCUCUGCAGAAUAGUGCAAGGACUGCAAAAAUCAUGGGGCCUUCUGAUCAAAUAGAUGAGCUAAGCAUUCAUCGAGCAGCAAGUCUUCCUGCAAGGUCGUCUGCCCCAAACCAGUCUGCUGGAGAUAUAAAGGAUCUUCAUGAGGUUUUACCAAUUUCAAGAUCAGAACUCCGUGAUUCAGUGAAUAUACUCUACCAGAAAUUGGAUGAACAGGCGUCUAGUAGUUCAGUUAAAAAUAAAUUAGAGGCUGAUGCUUUAUCUUCACCCACCAACCCUCAUAAUAAAUUAGAGAACGAUGCUUUAUCUUCAGCCACCGACCCUCCUAAAGCAGAUCUAUUUACACUCCCUGAUGCUGAUGAAAAAAUUUGUGGACCUGAAUGUGAGAUGACUGAGUUUUCUGACCCUCAUAAAGCAGAUUUAUUUACACUCCCCGAUGCUGAUGAACAAAUUUGUGGACCUGAAUGUGAGGUGACUGAAUUUUCUGUCGUAGACGAGGGGAUAGAAGAGUUAACUAAAGAACAUCUGGAAACAGAAGAUGAAUCGUCGAAGAUUGCUCAAGGUUCUGGCAUUGCAAUUGAGGUAGCCCUUGAUGAGGAAGCCCCAGCUCAUACUUCAGCUGGAGAAGGUGUACCUCAGAAUGAUGAGCAAUCACCUAGCAAUGGUAAAGAGAAAGAAAAUGACAUGUUCUCCAAAGAAUCACUAAUGAAAGAAUUAGAGGUGGCAUUAAGUUGUACUUCAGAUCUGGUGAAUGAAGGAUUAGAUUCUCAAGAGGAUGGGACUGAUGCUUUAGACCUAGAAAAUUACUUGGAGGUUGAUUCUGGUCACAGAGAUAGUAGAAAGGGAAAAUUACUUAGCUUGGAUGAUGUUGCUGACUCAGUGGCUAAUGAUUUCUUAGAGAUGCUGGGGAUAGAGCAUAGUCCAUUUGGUUUGAGUUCCGAAAGUGAGCCUGAGUCUCCAAGAGAGCGCCUUCUCAGGCAAUUCGAGAAGGAUGUUCUUUCCAAUGGAGGUUUACUCAACUUUGAUAUUUACAAUGAUCCAGUGGAACUUGCUAGCGACAGUCCAAUAGGAUCUGUCUGGGAACCCAUCUCUGAGGAAUUCCAUCAUUCAUCAAUGUUUGAAGGUGUCGGGGAGAGGUCUAAGAUAGAGACUGAUGCAUUCAGGACUAAGACAAGGGCCUCGAGGAUGGAGGAUUUGGAAACCGAAGCUUUAAUGCACGAGUGGGGCUUAAAUGAAAAGGCAUUUCUUAAUUCUCCACCUAGUAGUUCAGGUGGAUUUGGCAGCCCAAUUGACCUACCUCCUGAGGAUCCUCAGCAGCUACCUCCAAUUGCAGAAGGUUUAGGUCCCUUUGUGCAGACUAAGGAUGGAGGAUUUCUGCGCUCAAUGAAUCCUGCACUUUUCAAGAAUGCCAAAAGUGGAGGGAGCUUAAUCAUGCAAGUUUCGAAUCCUGUGGUAGUUCCUGCAGAAAUGGGCUCUAGUGUAAUGGACAUACUUCAGGGUCUGGCCUCUGUUGGAAUUGAGAAGCUCUCCAUGCAGGCUAAUAGAUUGAUGCCAUUGGAAGAUGUAACUGGGAAGACAGUCCAACAAAUAGCAUGGGAAGGUGCCCAGAGUUUGGAGGGACCUGAGAGGCAAGAUCCAUUGCAUCAGGAAUCUGAAAUCAGGCAAAAUUUUCCAAGUGAGCAAAAAAGUGUAAAGGACAUACGCACUGCCCCGAGGUCAAAUAAGUUCGACUCGAGUUCUCUUAGCAGUGACACAGAAUAUGUAUCUUUAGAAGAUCUUGCCCCUCUGGCCAUGGAUAAAAUUGAAGCUCUUUCAAUUGAGGGUUUGAGAAUACAAUCUGGUAUGUCAGAUGAGGAUGCGCCAUCAAAUAUUAGCACUCAAUCUAUUGGUGAAUUUUCAGCCCUGAAGGGAAAGACAGCUGAUGUUGUUGGGCCCAUAGGUCUCGAUGGCACUUGUGGGUUGCAACUGAUGGAUAUUAAAGAUAAUGGUGAAGAAGUUGAUGGACUGAUGGGUCUGUCUCUGACACUUGAUGAAUGGAUGAAACUAGAUUCUGGUGAAAUUGCUGAUGACGAUCUCGUUAGUGAACGAACCUCUAGAAUACUGGCAGCUCAUCAUGCUACUUCAUUAGACCAGUUUCGAGGAAGAUCAAAGGGGGAGAAGAGACGAAGCAGGAGUAGAAAGUAUGGCUUGUUAGGUAAUAAUUUCACUGUUGCUUUGAUGGUACAGCUCCGUGACCCUCUGCGGAACUAUGAGCCAGUUGGUGCCCCAAUGCUUGCCCUGAUUCAAGUAGAGAGAGUGUUUAUCCCGCCAAAACCUAAGAUCUACGGCACAGUUUCUCUGUUAAGGAACUCGAAUGAGGAUGAAGUGGUGCCCAAGUGCUCCAAAAAGGAGAAUAUUAUUGAGAAGUCAAAAGAAGAUGAGAUUCAUGAAGAAGAGCUGAUUCCCCAAUAUAAAAUAACUGAGGUUCGUGUUGCUGGUCCAAAGACAGAGCCAGAGCCAGGUAAAAAAAAGUUGUGGGGUUCUACAAAUCAGCAGCAGUCUGGCUCGCGUUGGUUGCUUGCGAAUGGAAUGGGAAAGAAGAAUAAGCAUCCUCUGAUGAAAUCAAAAGCUGUUGCAAAAACUUCCGAUCAUUCUGCUGCACCAAUGACUACAACAGUACAGCCUAGAAAUACAUUGUGGAGCAUCUCUAAUCGUGGUAAGAACAGAGGCUAAAAAGAAGGGACUUGGGUACUUGAGGAAUCCAAAUUUAUUUUCCCUAAAGAAACUAUGAGAUUACACCAGGUUGGCAAAAGGCUGAAGUAUGUGUUGAAUGAUACGGUUUUAGAUAAUGAUUAGCUUGAUUGUAUUUCAAACGCCCCUUUAUGUGGCAGAACUGCAUAGGUCUUGGAAAUGGGAGUUAGGACAUAAGAGGGUAGUGACCUGAAGAAGUCAUUUUUAUCUCUGUAAAGUAUGUUGAAUUAAUAUAUGGAUGUGACAAGAUAGACAAUAUAGCUUCGUUAUUGAUGUUUCAUUUGUAAAUUAAUGACUUUGUUGCAAUCUUUUGGGUUGGCAAUAUUUGAUGCCCCUUGCACCAGUUUUCCUA